AUGGAGUUCAUGGGCAUUUCCACUCCAGGGAUGUAUUAUCCCAUAGUUAGGUCGAAGUCAGCGCGGCAAUCUCAAUCCAAGGAGCUCGUAGCAAGAGAGCCGAUCGUGGUCGAUGAGGAGCAGGCCGAUCCUAACGGGUUUGUUGCAGGACUACCGUAUCACCUAAUAGGCGUGAAUACGACACCACCCAGUGAGAGCACUGGAUAUAUCGGUCGUCACAAACACACCUUCAGCAAUGUUUCCUCGGCUUCAAAUACUUCAUCAGCUUCAAAUGACUCUUCAGCAACGUAUGACUCUAUAAGCUCAACUGCGUCUUCAGUACCAAGCGCUGCCCCAGCAUCAGAGGGAUCGACAACAAGUCGAUACAGCUCAGAACAGGUUGAUGAUGCAAAGACAGACUCAAACACUUCAUCCGCGCUGAGCAGCUCAUCAGUUUCACUAGCCGAAGAUCUGUCGCCUUCUUGGCCUUUAUCCGACAAUGCAGACAGCAAUACAGAGGAGUCGGACUCAUCACCCGACAAGACUCUGCUCGUGAGAAGUCCCAGCAGACGCCUGAGUAUCGCCGCCUCAUCUACUCGGUACAGAAGAUUUUCUUCCUCAGCAAGCAGCCUCAUAAGCAUGAGUGAGCUGAGCGCAUGUGAAGCACCACUAAACAUUGUCCCCAAAACACCACCGUUCCCGGCUCGAUCCUCGAGCUUGCGAAGCAAUUCACGACCAAGCUCCAGAGCAUCCACACUGAACUCAGAAGCCUCAUCGUUGCCGUCCCGCUCCUACUCGGCACGUAAGACUGUGGCGUUUGCUUCAGUAAAACCUCUUGUACCCCUCAUUGAGGAACGUCUUCAGGAUGUGCGACGAUCCUCCCAGCCUCAGUCCCCAGAGGCAAUCAAUGAGGCGUUACGGGACUAUGAGCUUGAGGCCUCCAAAUCAGAACCACCAACAAGGCCCCCACGACCUGAACGAGGCCUCGAUCUUUGCGUCAAGGCCAUCUACCGCAAAGAACUUCAUGCGCUCCAGAAACGGAACCCGGAGCCAAUCAACUGCAUUGACAUGUCGAAACUGGGAACCACCGUCGUCGCAAAACAAGGCAAGAAUGUUCUUCAUUUCUGGGACAUGGAAUACGAAGCCCUCCGCUUCGCUAUCAAAAUCCCCGACUUGUUCCAUGCCACCAACAAAUAUUGCAAGGUUCCCAUUCAAAAUCAUGUCAUUCUCUCGGAUAAGGCAAAGCUCAUCGCUGCCAGCACGCGGCUCGGCAACUCCAUCGAGAUCUGGAACUGGGCCAAGAAGAAGAAGCUCCAGCGCAUCGAUCAGGCAGAUCGCUGGGUAGCAGCCCGCUUCGAGACUCUCGAAGAUGGUUGGAAUCCUCUGGCGACCUUCAGGGCUCAGGAGAACGCAAUUGACCUGUACGCUGCUACGGACAGGCGCAAGAAGCCAUUCGCCAAAGUGCGCAGCAUCAACGUCUGUAAAGCAGGACUUCCUCUGCUCCUGGAUAAUCCGCAGCUUGCGCUCUCGCAAUCCUCGCCAGUUCUUGUAGCAGCCACUGGCCCGCGACCUCCCAAGCUUGGCCAAGCACCUCCUGAGCAUCAGACCAUGCUUGUUGCUUGGGACAUAUCAGAUUAUCGAGAGGUGUCCAAUGCCCCUCAUCGGUUUGUCUGUCCUUGGCAGUACAAGGCUCUGGAGACUGCGGCCCCUUGUGCUCUAGAGACUCACGAAAAUCUGGUGGUGUCAAUAUGGACUCCUGCAGACUGCCGAUCGUACAGACACUCGGUGAUUGCUGGCCAAGGCGAUUGGAGACUUACUCCGGUGCAUGUCAAGGUUCGUCAUGUCCUCGUAUGGAAUCUUACACAUAACGGCACACGGACAUAUGAGAUCCCAAACACUACAUGCUGCAUCAGUCCAGACUGCCGGUACAUUGCCUACAGCCUAGACACCCGAGAGAAGAGAACUCUGGUCAUCUUAAAUGCAAUCACUGGCCAAAAGGCGUGGUCAAUGGUUGAGGAAUACACCUCGAGAAGCACAGCACAGCCAGUAUUGGGCAAGGCCGCUGAGCUUACAUUCUCUAGCGACGGACGAGUGCUGAUAGUCACAGAUGCAGAAAGGCACACAAAGGUAUACGAUGUUAUUGAGAUGGUUCUAGGGAGCAGCCUUCAGUAA